CGAGUCAAUAUAUACACGCAAUCCGUGGCAUACUACUCAGCGCCACCGGCAAGGGGCCUGCGAACCUCAAGACGCGAUUGAAUGAAGCCAGCAAACUUUUUGCAGUAAGCGCCACACAUUGAGCUUAUGCACACAUCUGUAAGAAUACAGGAAGCAGUAUUUUAGUUUCGGCGCGGGUCUUUCGCGCAGCCGGCGCGGAGGCGACCGGUCGGCUUCAGCGUUUAUCGCCCGUUUCACCGUCAAUAGUAUAGUCAUAACAACGUAACAUGGGAAAGGCUAAGCCCGCCAAGCACACUGCUAAGGAAAUUGCCCAAAAGGUUGCAGCGGCAACGACAAACAAGGGUGGUGGCCAGGCGGGCCUCGCGGACCGGUUGGGCGGCAAGGUUGGGCACGCCAAGUUCCAGUGCAACAUUUGCAAGCAGCAGGCACCGGACCUAAAGAGCAUGCAGAUGCACUUUGAAGCCCGCCACCCCAAGGACCUGUGGGAGCCGGAGAAGUGCACGGACCUGCACGCCAUGGUGGGCGGCGUCACCACACAGGGCGUGGCGGUGCGCGGAUCUACCAAGAAGUGAGGGAACUGAAAACGACUCGUGAUGGGUACGUAAGGAUAUGCAUGGGUGUAUGCUGAAGAUGUACACUUCGCUUCCGGCUCUGCGGGUUUAGAUGAGCGUCUCAUGAGGACUCGGGACCGUGCUGAGGACAGGCCGAACGUUUCCGUCGUGCGUCAUGCACUGCUAGCAGGCGUAUGGGGAUGCGAGGCGCCUUACGACUAUUAGUGGUCCCGUGUGGGUUGCAGAACCAUUGGACGGUUCUGCAUUCCUUGCAAGGACUGCAGGUGGGCAGAAGUAAGGGGUUUCACCAGGCGCUGACAGGGCCUUUUUAUAUGUCCGUUGGACAGUGACUAGGAUUGACAGCGCUUGGUAUGGUGAAAGAGGCUAGCAGUUUGCAUGUGAGGCAGAUGCCGGGCCGUAUGCUGGGCCCUGACCGUCGCUUUCACGUGGACGUGUGUGAUGGGAAGUGCGAAGUGCGCAGGACAUGGACAGGCAACAUGGGCAACGAUGAUACAGGCUAACUAGAGCAGUAUGUGUGGGCGUCAGUGAGUGAAGUGGAGACUAACGCUGACCGUCGCUUGCACGUGGAUCAGACUGUGGAGGGGCUCAGCCCCUUUUCCCGUGACCGGGGAACACUUGUCCUAUGCAAGGGGAACCUCUUGU